GCUGCGGAGGCUGUGCUCCGGCCGGUGGGAGUGGCCCCGGCCUGUCUUGUCCCAGUGAGAACGAAGAAGAGGUUCAGGGUCCCCGAGUGGGCCAGAGAGCUGUCCCCUGAAGAGAAGGAGAGGAGGCUCAGGUCUUUGAUGCCCAUGUUUCCUGACGAACGUGUAGAACGGACCUUCUACUUGGCCUGCACAGCUGAUAUUAUAGACCCGUAUGUCCCUCCUGAGGGCGAUGCCCGCUUGACUCCCUUAUCCAAAGAUGGGCUGAAGCAAAAGAUGGAGAAACUGAAGCAGACUGCAGCCUCUCAGCUAGCUCUGCGGAAGGUAAAAGAUCAUGAUCCGGAUUUCAGCACUAAAACCUUCCCGGAGAAGGCGCAGGAGAUAUUUAUCGAAGCUCACAAUUCCCUGGCAAACUUUAACAAGCAGAAACUUCACUCCCUGGUGACAGAGCGCUGCUACCCGGAAAUGGUCCGUGGGAACAGGUACAAAACCAUCCGGUGGAGUUUUGUGGAGUCCCUGGAGCCUCCAAGAGUGGUUCACGUUCGAUGCACCAGCAUUGUGAACCGAGGCAACCUCUAUGGGCAGGUGACGGUGCGGAUGCACACGCGGCAGAUUCUGGCAAUCUAUGACCGCUUUGGGCGGCUGAUGUACGGCGGGGAGCAGGUGCCCAAGGACGUGCUGGAGUACGUGGUGUUUGAGAGGUACCUGGUCAACCCCUAUGGCACCUGGAGGAUGCAUGGCAAGAUCGUUCCUGCGUGGGCUCCACCCAAGGACCCCAUUGUUAAGACUGUGAUGAUUCCUGGCCCCACCUUGGAUCCCUCCCAGGAGCGUGAAGAGAUGAAGUAG